GAUGAAAGUGCGUGCUGGUACUGGCAGUGGUCACCUAUCUCAUUGCCUAAACCUGUGUGCGCGAGUCGCAAUCAAGCUAAAAAUUCGUGGGCAUUAAAGCAGAGCCGAUCAGCCACUGCAUCUGAUCCGCAUCGAAUGCCCUCUCGCCUCGACUCAGCUUACACUUGUCUUUUCCUCGCAAUUUCACGUACUCCCUUCCUCGAAGUUUCUUUGCUUUUCCUUUUAGCACCCAUCGAUCAAUCUCACUUGAAACAAACUUCUUCUUAGCAUCCUCUUCCAGCAUAAACAGUCUCUCCCCCUCUCUCUCAGAUUUAACCAUAUUGAAAGUGAAUAUGGAAAUAAUGAUAUCAGCUAAAUUCUGAGAAAUUUUUAUGGCUUUAGCUAAUCUAGGUUCUAUUGAUUGAUUGUUUAUGUAUGUUCUGUUGGAUUCUAAAGUUUUCUAUAUUUAAAUUUUUAGAUGGCUUCAUCAGCUCUAAUCUGCGACACCCAGCCAUGGAAGAACUUGAAGGCACAUGUUGAAGACAUUAAGAAGACUCAUUUACGCGAUUUGUUGAGCGACACUGAGCGAUGCAACUCAAUGAUGGUCGAGUUUGAUGGAAUCGUGCUUGAUUACUCACGGCAACAAGCCACUGUUGACACUGUGGAUAAGCUUUAUAACUUGGCAGAGGCAGCGCAUCUCCAGGAAAAGAUUCAUCGUAUGUUUAAUGGGGAGCGUAUCAACAGCACAGAGAAUAGGUCAGUGCUUCAUGUGGCUCUUCGUGCUCCAAGGAAUGCGGUUAUAAACAGUGAUGGCAAGAAUGUUGUACCAGAUGUUUGGAAUGUUCUUGACAAGAUCAAGGAGUUCUCUGAGAGGGUUCGCAAUGGUUCCUGGGUUGGAGCUACAGGGAAACCACUGACUAAUGUUAUUGCCAUUGGUAUUGGUGGCAGCUUCUUAGGCCCUCUUUUUGUACACACAGCUCUUCAAACAGAUCCAGAGGCUAGCAGAUUUGCAAAAGGCCGCCAGCUGCAAUUUCUUGCAAAUGUUGAUCCAAUUGACGUUGCUAAAAACAUUGCUGGCCUAAGUCCUGAAACCACCCUUGUUGUUGUGGUUUCUAAAACUUUUACUACUGCUGAAACUAUGUUGAAUGCACGGACGCUAAGGGCAUGGAUUUCGAAAGAACUUGGACCUUCUGCUGUUGCAAAGCAUAUGGUGGCAGUUAGCACAAAUCUUACGCUUGUAGAAAAGUUUGGCAUCGAUCCUAAUAAUGCUUUUGCAUUCUGGGACUGGGUUGGUGGCAGGUACAGCGUUUGCAGUGCUGUUGGUGUAUUGCCUUUGUCUCUCCAAUAUGGUUUCUCAAUUGUUGAGAAGUUCUUGAAAGGAGCAUCAAGUAUUGAUCAGCACUUCUCUUCAGCUUCAUUUGAGAAAAAUAUUCCUGUACUUUUAGGUUUGUUGAGCGUAUGGAAUGUUUCAUUUCUUGGAUAUCCUGCAAGAGCCAUCUUACCUUACUCCCAAGCCUUGGAGAAAUUUGCCCCACACAUUCAACAGGUUAGCAUGGAAAGUAAUGGCAAGGGGGUAUCCAUUGAUGGUGUGCCACUUCCCUUUGAGACUGGUGAAAUUGAUUUUGGUGAACCAGGGACAAACGGUCAGCACAGUUUUUAUCAACUAAUUCAUCAGGGACGUGUAAUUCCUUGUGAUUUUAUUGGUGUUGUGAAGAGUCAGCAACCUGUAUACCUUGAAGGGGAGGUUGUGAAUAACCAUGAUGAACUCAUGUCUAACUUUUUUGCACAGCCAGAUGCCCUUGCUUAUGGGAAGACAGCAGAGCAGUUGCAAAAAGAGAAUGUCCAGCAGCAUCUAAUUCCUCACAAGACAUUCUCUGGCAAUAGACCUUCUCUCUGUAUUCUGCUUUCCUCAUUGGAUGCUUACAGAAUUGGACAGUUACUGGCAAUCUAUGAACAUAGAGUAGCUGUUCAAGGCUUCAUAUGGGGAAUCAAUUCCUUUGACCAAUGGGGAGUUGAGUUAGGGAAGUCACUGGCUACACAAGUCAGAAAGCAACUUAAUGCAUCUCGUACAAAGGGAGAGCCAGUUGAGGGCUUUAACUUCAGCACUACAACAAUGCUAACAAGAUACCUAGAGGAAAGUUCGGAUGUCCCAGCUAAUCCUCAGACUCUUCUACCUCGGAUAUGACUCUGGGUACUGUAUACUUCAGCUGACCAUUUUUUUGAUGAACUGGAAGGCUUUUGGCUUCAUUUUGUCAGUAUAUUUGAAUAUCACAGGCAUGGCACCUAUCCACUUGCCUCAAGUAUUUGAGACUCUCCCAAUGUUUAAGAUCCUUUUUCAACAAGAGCAUGGCUAUCAUGAGGAUAUGCAAAAACUUUGACAUGCACGUAAACUAUCAUGGAAUUGAAUUUGUGUGUAAUUUUUGUUGAUGAAUCCCAAAUAAAAGUUGUGCAUCCAGUGGUAUUUCUCAAACGAGUCCAAUAUAUGUAUUAAGCAUUGAAGAGUUUUUACCAA